ACGUUACCGCGUUCCAAAACCCGUUCAGGAAAUGGGUUCACGCAUUUAAAACGCCGGGCAAGAAAUAUAACCUGAAACAGACUCGUGUUUUGAAGUUUGAGUAAUGAGAGUAAUGAGAGUAUUAUAUAAAUAUUAAGGAUUAAGAGUAUUAUAUAAAUAUUAUCUGAAAAGAAUCUAAUAAUUCUGAUAUAAAAACAGUAAAAUGGAGUUACAAAUUUAAGUCAUUCUGUGCCAUAUAAUUUUGAAUCUGAAAGGCUGUACAAUCACAUAACCAAGAAAAGCCUGUAAAAUAUGCCUCUGUGUACAAAAAGGAGGAUAUAAUUGUUAAUUAAUGAUCCUGUAUUACAUACGUAACAUCGUGAGAUUUAAAAAAUGGAAGAUAUUACUGUUAAUCGGUACCUGCCUCCUUGCAUCAAGAAUAAAUGGUAUUUUACAAAGUUUAUAUCCUUCUGUAACACAGCUGACGGAGCUGCACAAGUGUCCGGCGUGUUACGGAGUUUCCGCAUGUCACAACAUUCACAAAGUGGAUCUUCUGUGGAAUAACGUUAAUGCGAUAAUUUCCCAUUUGUUCGGCGUUAAGAACGUGUUCUUUGGAACGUACAAUCAGAGCAAGGUGGUGCUCAAGAAAUUGGCACACUCGUCCGAAUUAAAAGCACUUGACGUUACGUUAUGCAGCGAACUCCAACUGGGAUAUCCUUGCUCGAGUGUUCCACUGGACGGAUACACAGCAGAUUUUUAUGAUCUCAUUAGAAAGAUAAUUACUUCGGAUUUUUCCAAGGACGACACAAGUCGCUUGAGGCUUUGUCCAACAAUAGGACACUUGGAUGAUCUAUUUUACAAUGUUCAUCUCAAUAAUAAACUCGUCGAUCCCACACAGUAUUUAAUCAAUCUCUGGACAUUGGUUUCCAUAAAUCCAGAACCACUAAUUCUUCAGAUCUUAUCUGCCGAAGAUGGAUGGCCUGUGCCAAAAUAUUUCGGAGCUUGCGGCCGGAUUAUUAUCGAGGAAUAUGUCGGGUUACCACUGUCUGAUUAUUAUGACAAGUCUUGGAUUCAAAGAGUGAAAAUAGCGUCGAGCCUUUUGAAUGCCGCUUAUUUGUUUACCUUCAAGAAUGAAAGCUUUGGUUUUUAUUUAACGGAUAUAUCGGCCGAUAAUAUUGCCAUUGACCAUGAAAAUGUAGCGAAAUUUAUCGAUUUGGAGAAUAUCAUUAUCGUUGACAAAAAUAUUUCUCAAGAAGAUGAACCAAAGGAGUGGCAGAAAAUACAUAAGAACACGAUGCACUUCGAUUGCCCCGAUUGUUUUGCAUUUUCCGCCGAGGAUAUUUGCAAUCAUCAUCUAAGUGAUCACAAUUAUUAUGCAAUUUGUCAACUUCUAUUAAAUUUAGGAAAUGAAAAUCCUUUUCCUGGUGGAUUUCUUCAAGAUAUACCUACUAAUAUUGAACAGGAGUAUCCAGAUAUUGAGUAUUUAUUACAACAAUGUGCUGUUCCUGAUUCUAUCAAUUCCAGAAUAUUUUUUGGUCAGCAACUCAAGGCAUUGUUGGAUAUGAUUUUAGAAUUAUCUCAACAUGAAUACAAUAUAAAAUAGUUUAAAUUAUAAUGGUUACAAUAUCUUGAAAAAUUCCAUAUUAUUUUGUUGAAUAUUU